GGUGGAGCUACAGUAUCUACGGAUGGAGUCACUCCAAACUUGGCUCGCCAGUCGCCUAAAAUACUUUACUUCAGCAAGUUGGACUAUUUACCAAUGUGAAUGUUCGGCAGACAAAGUGUCCAGGUGCACAGCAUUUGAUCUCCCUCCAUACUGAGUUUUAUCGCGCAGCGUUUUUCGCCAAUAUCGGAAGACUGAUUUUAAUUUUAUUUGAAAUAACAAAUGCUGAUUUUGCUGGAAAUGUAAUCUAUGAAACAAAGGCAGAAGUCGCAGAAGACUUGAUUCCCUUUUCCCUGUCCCGAGAACUAUUGGAAGAGAUGUAUUUCUGAUCAUGGACUAAAGAAGAUGCCUUUGCCCUGUACAUCAAAACACAUGUUUUGCCAGCGCGAUUAGCAUACAGAGAUCCUUGUGGAUUAAUUUAAGGACGAUGGAUAAUUUUUUCACCGAGGGCGCCCGUGUGUGGUUACGCGAGGAAGAACAGUACCUCCCCAGCACUGUUUCCUCUUGCUCUGGAGGCGUGGUGGUUUUCGCUACUGAAUAUGGACAGGUGUACACCUACAAGCAGAAUGCCCUCACCAGACAGAAAGUGCAGCCCAUGCACCCCAGCAGCUCAGGGGGAGUGGAGGAUAUGGCCAGCCUGGAAGACCUUCAUGACGGGGCCAUCAUGCACAACCUGUACCUUCGCUACCAGCAGAGGAACAUUUAUACAUACAUCGGCUCCAUCCUGGCUGCGGUGAACCCGUACCAGUCCAUCCCUGACCUAUACGACCGGCCGGCAGUGGAGAGGUACAGCCGACACCACCUGGGCGAGAUUUCCCCGCACAUCUACGCUGUAGCAAACGAGUGUUACCGCUCCCUAUGGAAGAGACUUCAGAACCAGUGUGUGUUAAUCAGUGGAGAGAGUGGAGCGGGUAAGACAGAGAGCACCAAGCUGAUCCUGAGGUUCCUGUCGGCUAUGAGUGAGCACUCCCUGGAGCUCUCCUCAACAGACAGGACGUCACACGUGGAGGAGGACCUCCUGGAGAGCAGCCCAAUCAUGGAAGCCUUCGGCAACGCCAAGACCGUCUACAACAACAACUCUAGCCGGUUUGGGAAGUUUGUUCAACUGCACUUCUGUCAGAAGGGCAACAUCCAAGGCGGUAAAAUCGUGGACUACCUCCUAGAGAAGAAUCGAGUUGUUAGGCAGAAUCCAGGGGAAAGGAACUAUCACAUCUUCUAUGCACUUCUGGCUGGAACCAAUGCAGAACAGAGGGAGGCCUUCAGUUUUUCACCACCAGAGAAUUACUACUACCUAAAGCAAUCUGGCUGUGUGGCAGACAAGACAAUCAACGACAAAGACACUUUUCAGGAUGUACUGAAUGCAAUGCGGACCAUGCAGUUCACAGAGGAGAAUAUCUGGGAGAUCCUUCGCCUCCUGGCAGGAAUUCUUCAUGCCGGGAAUAUCGAGUUUAUGACGGCCGGAGGAGCUCAGGUCUCUUCCAAAACAGCACUGGGCAGGACAGCAGACCUCCUGGGCCUGAACUCAGAACAUCUGGCCGAGGUGCUGACCCACAAGUCCUUGAUCCUACGGGGUGAGGAGAUCUGCACGCCGCUCACCGUUGAACAGGCGGUGGAUUCCAGGGACUCCAUGGCGAUGGCACUUUAUUCCCAGUGUUUCACCUGGAUUAUCCGGAAACUCAACAACCGUAUCCGAGGGAAAGAGGACUUCAAAUCCAUUGGCAUCCUAGACAUAUUUGGAUUUGAGAAUUUCGAGGUCAACCGCUUUGAGCAGUUCAACAUUAACUAUGCAAACGAGAAACUUCAGGAAUACUUUAACAAGCACAUCUUCUCGCUGGAGCAACUUGAAUACAACAAGGAAGGGCUUGUAUGGGAGGACAUCAACUGGAUGGACAACGGGGAAUGUUUGGAUCUGAUUGAGAAGAAACUGGGUCUCCUUGCACUGAUGAACGAGGAGAGUCAUUUUCCCAAAGCCACUGAUGGCACUCUACUGGAGAAGCUCCACAGCCAGCACUCGAAAAACCAAUUUUAUGUGAAACCACGCGUUGCUGUGCACAACUUUGGAGUGAGACACUAUGCAGGCGAGGUGGUGUAUGACGUGAGGGGCAUUCUGGAGAAGAAUCGAGACACUUUCAGGGAUGACAUCCUCAACCUGCUUAGAGAGAGCAGGUUGGACUUUGUGUACGACCUCUUUGAGCACGUCUCGAGCCGUAACAAGCAGGACACCCUCAAAUGCAGCUCCAAGCACAGGAGACCCACUGUCAGUUCCCAGUUUAAGAAUUCCUUGCACUCACUGAUGGCCAACCUCAGUACUUCGAACCCCUUUUUUGUGCGAUGCAUCAAGCCGAACACUCACAAGAUGCCUGAGCAGUUUGACCAGACGGUGGUGCUGAACCAGCUCAGAUACUCAGGGAUGCUGGAGACAGUAAAGAUCCGCCGUACAGGCUUCCCCAUCAGGAGGCCUUUCCAAGACUUCUGUACCAGGUACAAGGUGUUAAUGAGGACUGUGUCUCCACCAGAAGACCCAAGGGGACGGUGCGUACAGUUACUCCACCUCUACGACAGCACCAGUGCAGAAUGGGAGCUGGGGAAGACCAAGGUGUUUCUACGGGAGUCUCUGGAGCACAGGCUGGAGAAGCAGCGAGAGUUGGAGGUGCUAAAAGCAGCCAUGGUCAUUCAAGCUCAUGUCAUGGGCUACAUGGCCAGGAAGCAGUACAGGAAGCUGCUGCAGUGCAUUGUGGUCAUUCAGAAGAACUACAGGGCGUUUUAUUGGAGGCGGAAGUUCUUGCUCCUGCGCUGGGCCGCUCUCACCUUCCAGAAAUGCCUGAGGGGCCAGUUGGGACGAAAGGUCUACUGCCAGCUCCAGGAUGAGAGGAAGAUGAUGGAGGAGGAUAAGAGGAGGAGGAGGGUGGAAGAGCUGGAUAGGGAAAAGAAGAGGCUGGAGGCUGAAUGGCUAGCACAAUGUGCAGAGAAAGCCAGGAAGGUUGAGGACCUCCAUCAGGCCCAAGAGCUAUACCUUCUGACUCAGACACAAACACGGACACAGAAAAAUACACAGACACAACAAGCAACAUUGCCAGCAACCCAGGCAGUGCAGCAACAGCUGAAUGAAAUGGAGUCUUGCAAAAUGUUCGAAGAGAUCUCUACUGAGGAGUUUUCCGAAGAGGCGGUGCGGACCCAGGACGCAUCCCAGGACGCCUCGCAGGUGGAGGAGAUCCUACGUCUGGAGCGGGAGAUCCAAGAGCUUCAGCGGCAGAAGGAGCAGCAGGAGCUGUCCCUGACCGAGGCCUCCCUCCACCGACUGCAAACCCUCCGUGACCAGGAGCUGCAGCGCCUGGAGGAUGAGGCGUGCAAGGCCGCCCAGCAGUUCUUGGAGUCGCUCAACUUCGACGAGAUUGACGAGUGCGUGCGCAAUAUCGAGUGCUCGCUGGGCGUGGAGGAGGAGGAGAAGAUAGGCGGAGAGAGGGAGGAGGGUGAGGAGGAGGAGGUGGACGAAGGCUUUGGCGCUGAUGAUGAGGGAUACAAGGACUCACCCAACCCAAGCGAGCAUGGCCACUCAGAUGGCCAGCGCACCAGUGGCAUCCGCACCAGCGACGACUCAUCAGAGGAGGACCCGUACGCUAAUGACGGAAUGCAGAUCCCACUCCUGCCACCAAAUACACUACUCCACCAGCCGCUGCCCCUGCUGCCGCUGUUUCAAGCCUGCCACAGCGCCUCCUCUGGCGGGGACUCGGUCUACUGCCACCCCCAGGUUUCAGAGGCCCAGUCCGAUGAUCUGGUCGAGCUCAUUCCUCCGGAUGAAGACUCGGACUAUGACCAGGACGACUAUGACGAGGGGGCCAUAGUGUCCAGCGGCAGCAUGGCGUUCUCACAACCCUGCAAAGGGCAGUGGUCACCUGACUACCACGGCUCUGUGGGCACCUACAACAGUUCGGGGACCUAUCGCUUCAGCUCGGAGGGGGCCCAAUCAUCGUUUGAGGACAGCGAGGAUGAUUUCAACAGGUUCGACAUAGACGAUGAGCUGUCCUACCGACGAGACUCGGUCUAUAGUUGUGUAACACUGCCAUACUUUCACAGUUUCCUCCACAUCAAAGGUGGCCUGAUGAACACGUGGAAGCGGCGUUGGUGCGUGCUGAAGGACGAGACCUUCCUGUGGUUCCGCGCUAAGCAGGAGGCCCUGAAGCAGGGCUGGCUCCACAAGAAGGGUGGGGGCUCCUCAACGCUGUCACGCCGCAACUGGAAGCGCCGCUGGUUCGUCCUGCGCCAGAGCAAGCUCAUGUACUUCGAGAAAGACGGCGAGGACAAGAUGAAGGGCAUGCUGGACAUGCAUGCAGCCAAAGAGAUUGUGGACAACACAGGCAAGGAGAACGGAAUCGACAUCAUCAUGCCAGAGCGCACCUACCACCUUAUUGCUGAGACCGCUGAGGAUGCAAGUCAGUGGUUCAGUGUGCUCAGCCAAGUGCACACCUCCACAGAGCAAGAGAUCAGGGAGAUGCACGACGAACAAGCCAACCCCCAGAAUGCAGUGGGAACCCUCGAUGUUGGCUUGAUCGAUUCAGUCUGUGCGUCAGACAACCCUGAACGGACCAACUCCUUUGUGAUGAUCACAGCUAACAGGGUGUUACACUGCAAUGCCGACACUCCUGAAGAGAUGCACCACUGGAUAACAUUGCUACAACGUUCCAAAGGAGACACGCGUGUGGAGGGACAGGAGUUCAUCAUCAGAGGCUGGCUCCACAAGGAGAUGAAGAACAGCAGCAGAGCCUCUCUGAAGCUGAAGAAGCGCUGGUUCCUGCUUACCCACAACUCUCUGGACUACUAUAAAAGCUCGGAGCGCAACACCCUCAAGCUGGGCACCCUGGUGCUCAAUAGCCUGUGCUCAGUGGUGCAGCCUGACGAGAAGGUCUUCAAGGAGACAGGUUACUGGAACGUCACAGUUUACGGCCGGAAGCACUCGUACCGUCUCUACACCAAGCUCCUGAACGAGUCCACGCGCUGGGCCAGCGCCAUGCAGAACGUCAUCGACACCAAGGCCCCCAUCAACACCCCCACCCAGAAGCUCAUCCAGGACAUCAAGGAGAACUGUCUGAACUCCGAGGUGGUGGAGCAAAUCUAUAAGAGGAACCCCAUCCUGCGCUUCAGCCACCACCCGCUCCACUCGCCACUGCUGCCCCUGCCCUACGGAGACAUCCACAUCAGCUCCCUGAGGAACAAGGGCUACACGACACUCCAGGACGAGGCGCUCAAGAUGUUCAACUUGCUGCAGCACCUGGAGGGUGUUACCGACCCCGUGACCAUCAUCCAGGGUGUGCUGCAGACGGGCCAGGAGCUGAGGCCCCUGAGGGAUGAGCUCUACUGCCAGCUGGUCAAACAGACCACUCGUCCCCCACAGCCCUGCAGCCCUGGGAACCUGUGCAGCUGGAGGAUCCUGGCAUGCAUGUGCUGCACGUUCAUGCCAUCGCGCGGAAUCCUCAAAUACCUCAAGUUCCACUUCAAGAGGGCUCGGGAGCUCUUCCCAGGCAUGGAGAUAGAACGCUACGCCUCAUUCGGCCUGGAUUCCCUGAGGAAGACGCGUGGCCGGGAGUACGUACCCUCCCAGGAGGAGAUCCGGGCCGUGGUGGCACGUCAGGAUAUGACCACCACGGUGCACUGCCAUGGCGGAGGCUCCUGCAAAAUCACCAUCGACUCUCACACCACCGCCGGAGAGGUGGUGGAGAAGCUAAUACGGGGCUUGGCCAUGGAGGACAGCAGGAACAUGUUCGCCCUGUUUGAGCACAAUGACACCACUGACAAAGCCAUUGAGAGCCGCACAGUGGUGGCUGACGUCCUUGCCAAGUUUGAAAAGCUCUCUGCAAGUCAAGAUGAGACCAAGACAGGCUGGAAGUUCUAUUUUAAGCUUUACUGCUUCUUAGACACAGAUAAUGUACCCAGGGACUGUGUUGAGUUUGCCUUCAUGUUUGAGCAGGCCCAUGAGGCGGUGAUCAGAGGCCAUUACCCAGCUCCGGAGGAGACCCUCCAGUUCCUGGCUGCCCUAAGACUACAAUACCUCCUCGGAGACUACAACCCCCAAGCUACCGUGCCCGAAAUGUCUCAGGUGUUCCCUAUGACUCGGUUGCGUGCCCGCAUCCAAAAUUCCGCCAAGACUUUCUCCCCGGCCACUGGUUUGGGCAUGGGGUCAGUGGUGGACCGUUCCGAUGGAACCUUGGAGAAGAAGCGCUCCAGCUUCUUGGAGGGAACGCUAAGGCGUAGUUUCAGGAGCGGCUCAAUGAGCCGCCAGAAGUUGGAGGAGGAGAACACGCUCGAGGCCUGGAUGAGGGAGGAGAUAGCGGCAGCACGAGCCAGCCUGGUGGACAAGUGGAAGAAGCUGCAGGGGAUGAACCAGGAGCUGGCCAUGGUGAAGUACAUGGCCCUGGUCAAAGAGUGGCCCGGCUACGGAUCCACGCUCUUCGAAGUGGAGUCCUGUGACGGGGCCUUUCCAGUGGAGCUGUGGCUGGGGGUGAGCAGGGAGGCCAUCUCGGUGUAUAAGCGUGGCGAACCCUGGCCCCUGGAGGUCUUCCCCUAUGAGCUCAUCCUUUCGUUUGGGGCCCCACUGCCAAAUGCCUACAAAAUAGCCGUGGAGGGCCGCGAACUGCUCUUCGAGACCAGUCUGGUUAUGGACAUUGCCAAGCUGAUGAAAGCAUACAUUAGCAUGAUCGUUAAAAAGCGCUACAGCAACUCUGCAUCCAUCAGCAGCUACGGUAGCCAGUGUAGCACCUGGUGAGGUGUCGUCCAAGACCUUUCACCUUUCACCUUUCAUCACUUAGCAGAGGGCUGGGGGAGGUUGAGUCCUGCGACAGCCUUGUCAGGACACCUUUCCCUCAGUGUUUUGGAGAAAUGUGAUUUUGAACACUCUGGGCCAGACUGACUUUCUCAUGGCUCUUAUUGCUAACCAGCUAGCUUUGUCUUUCUUAUGCUAACAUGCUACCAUUACAAGGGCUUUUGUUACAGGGUGAGACUAGUGUUACUGGGGUGGUUCCUAUGAGUGUGCGGAGUUGGGGCAUGGCCAGUCAGAAUCUAUAAGGGUUCGAGGUAGAAGUCGUCCCUAACCACAGAUCUAGGAUCAGAUUACCCAACCCCAAACCCCAGAUUGAAAAAUAAUAAUAAAUCUGACCCUGGACCAGCGGUUAGGAGAAACUUCUACCAACUCACGAGUACCAUGUUUGGUUCUUCUAAUGGAUGAAACCUCAAUUGGACGCCCACUUCUAAGCUUUGGAAAUUUUGGGCCCUUCCCGAUUGUUAAGGAACCAUCUCUUUUAUUAUCAAGAAAUGGAAAUAUGCAACUCAAUACUCAAAUUAUUUUCAAGUGGCAUUUUUAAAUAUAUAAUGAUUGUUGAAAGGGGAACAUUGCCAGUGAUUAAAGGGUUAAAAGUGCUUGGAAUAAACCCUUAAAAUAGCAGACUGCUUAGCGGCACCCCAUCCUUACAGACGGUAAAUCAUUGGAAAUUAAUUAUUUGAUUUAAUGAAAAUUUCCCCCUCGUACAAAUAAAACAUUUGUUCAGCUUUCUGGGUAUACCAAUUUUCUCAACUCAAGUUGUGUCAUUUAACAGGUCCAAGCAGGAAUGCAUGAUACAUCGAUUUUGAUGUGAAAUAGGCAUACCUAAACCAGUGAGUGAUUGGCAUGAAUUUUGGAUUGACAAUUAGGCUAUUGUUGCUAGAAUAUUACUGUCAAAAUAGGGCUUCAGAAUUGCAGAUUUAUUUUGUUUAAUAGAGAGAAAUGUACUUGUGUACAAAUAGGCUAUCACACUUGGGGCUAAUCACUGAGGGAGGGGAAACUCGAAACCAAAACCCCAAUAGUAGCCUACGGUUUCUUCUUGCCAUUGGAUUUUUAAAUGCUCCACAAUUAUUGCAUUCUUCUCUUCCCUUCUCUCCAUCUAGACUACUCGGAGCACACAGGGAAAAACGGGGCAAGGCAAACACUUUCAUGCAGGAAUCAAUAUUGUAUUGUUGGACCAAAUCAGAGUUUUAGCUGCCCCAAAAAUCUAAAGUUUUGAGUGAAGUGACCUGCUAAAAUUUGUAGUUUGCAUGGAUGCGUCCACUUCAAAGUGUGGAAGUGGAAUUUCCACCUCUCCAGUGUGUCUACAAAGGACUGUUUCAGGCCUAGUGCUUAUUUGACUCAUUAUAUGCCUCGCUUUAUUUGACAGCAUUAUUUGAAAGGAUUUUAGGCCUAGUGCUUAUUUGACUCGUGCUUUUUUAACUCAUUAUAUACACCUCACUUUUAAGAGUUGGGGGACAUCAGGGCAGCGGGUCAUGAGAUACUGCCCAAGAUUUUACCCACUGCCUGCCAUAGACUAUAAGCGUAGCAGUGCAGUUUAUACUGUACUGCAUGUUGCAAAUGUAAUAUUACUAUUGUGAGACCUAAUUGCCAUGGUAAUUAGGAAUGUCCAGUCAAUUAUGGCCCACAAAUGUACAUCUUAACUUGCAUCAAAUGCUUUAUGACAGCAUAAUCUCCCAUAGCGGUGCCAAUCCAAACCCCCCAAAAAUUGAAAAUAUUAAAAAUAGAAAGGGCCCAAUUUUAUCAGAUCCGCUUUAGCCGACAUUUGCAUAUCGGUUGUUUUGGCUAUGUCGGGGCUAGAACCACAUCAAAUCCACAAGAAGCUCUGUGCGGUAGGCUAUUGUGGAAAUUGCCAUUGGAUGGACCGAGUCGCAUUAGUAAUAAUCCUAUGCAGCCUCUACACUUCGAUUAGGCUGAUACAAAUCCUUAUUGUUGCUUGACAGCUCUUAAUGUAGUUACACCUCAGACACCGCCAAAACACCAGCUAUGUAGGCGUCAGCUGUCGCCUGUUCACACUUGAUCCGAUUGAAUCCUAGCCUGAGAGCUCCUUUGAAUCAGAUCCGCUUUAGCCGACAUCGGUUCUUUUUGCUGUGUCGUUUUUGCGGUGUCGGAAGUGGCACCGCAUUAGAGCUGUCCAAAAAAAAAUAUUGGAUCCCAGCGUUACUCCUAAAGUGUACAUCGCCAUAUGCUGCAGAGUCGCAUGAACAGAAAUCCCAUAUGCAUCUGUGUUUACAAGUUCAAACACUGGAAUGUGAGAUGUAAUCUACACCUCAAAUAGGAUGAUAGAAAUCCUCAUUCGUUUAAUGAUUUUUCAAUUUGAGGGUAAUCAUUUCUAUAUAACCUACACCUUCUCGUUCGGAACUUCUAACAUGAGUGGGGCGGGUGUGGCUUCGUGACAAUGAUCGCAAGAGCAGCUGUUUACCGAUUUAUGGCUCCAAUGCAGUUCCACCUACAACACCGCCAAAACAUCUACUAUGUGGAUGUCUGCCAUUGCCGGUUAACACUUAAUCUGAUUGGUCGUAGUUAGUUUAAAGUCCUCGUUUUUAUUUAGAAGACUUUGGACUAGUGAGCUUUGCAGCCCAAAGGACACUUACCUGAUGGGCUAGUAAGGGAAGGGGCCUAACUUUCUAACUAGGGACCCAAGAGUUUUUUUACGCCUCCUGCGGACUGGGCGAGAAGUAGAUCGUCUGCGUCUGGGCAUGAUUAUUGCUAUACCCACUGAGUAGCUGGACCCAUGCUUUUAUAGGCUUUGCCUUAGGAGUGAAAUCACUUCAUAAUGGCACUGACAUGAUGCAAUAGCAACAGUGCCAUUCCAAACACAAAAAUCUGGAAACAAGACAAAGAUUCUGAAAAUUGGCCAAAAAUGCUAGGAGUAGACCCUCCCUUCAGCUUAGAAAGCUUAGUGUAUUAUAAUAUAGAUAGGGCAGCUUGGUCCAAAAUAAUCACGUUUACUUUAAACAUCUGGACGAAAAACACAGCAGUACAUACUCAAAAGAUCUCCAGCUUGGAAGGUGCUUCAUUAUUUCCCUCUACCAGCAAAGUUCUCGUAAAGUUCCUGCAAGGUUGCUUUAAAAUAAGCGACACCCCACAGCAUUUCACUGGAACUCCGCGGGCGGUAGCUCCACCCAAAGAUAUGCAGGAUUCUUCCUCAGUGCCUUGUUGUAUAUUAUGUACACGUGUUCUUUUUCAAUGGAUUUGGUUUUAACCGUCUAUAAAAUUCUCUAACUGAACCACAAAGAAAUAUAUGAGAUUACCAUGUUAUUUUUCUCCCAAAGUCAUUUUCAAAGCUUACAGUGAAAGUAUAACAACGGUAUACAAUACUGGUCUUGGUCGGUGUAUCUUUUUUUUCCAUUUGUAUUAGCUGUGUUAUGUAUUAAAGGAUGAUUCUAGCAAUAAAUGAAUACCUAUUUA